AAAGUGGCUUUGCUAACUCGUUUCCCUCAGAUUCCUCCGCCAGGACGCAUAGACGCGGCGCCUUCACUUCCGGGUCCGCCAUUUUAUUGCCUCCAUUUCUCCGCGAGGGGGGGGUAAGGGCCCCCCAAAUAUGCAUAUGUGAAAAGGCCAAAAAGUGAGGCCACUGGCAAGGAAUCGUAACUAGAGAAAGAAACGGGACCAAACUGGCGGGCCCAGUGAGAGCGAAGCCGGCGGCGAUCCGGACUAGUUUUAUCUUUGGCUGUACUGGGACUUGAACCUAGAGCCUCGCACAUAGUAAAGAAAUAUUCUACCACUGAGCUGUUUUAUUCUUUAGCUUGAGGUACCUGGACACUUUUGUUUCUAUGCAUAAAGAUGUCUCUGGUGGACUUGGGGAAGAGGCUGCUAGAAGCUGCAAGGAAAGGCCAAGACGAUGAAGUGAGGACACUGAUGGCAAACGGGGCUCCUUUCACCACAGACUGGCUUGGAACGUCACCGCUCCACCUUGCAGCCCAGUAUGGUCACUAUUCCACGGCAGAAGUGCUCCUUCGAGCCGGCGUUAGCAGGGACGCCCGGACCAAAGUGGACAGGACCCCUUUGCAUAUGGCUGCAGCUGACGGACAUGCUCACAUCGUGGAACUGCUUGUUCGGAGUGGUGCGGACGUGAACGCCAAGGACAUGCUGCAGAUGACAGCUCUGCACUGGGCCACAGAGCACCAUCACCGAGAUGUUGUUGAGUUACUUAUCAAAUAUGGAGCCGACGUCCAUGCUUUUAGCAAAUUCGAUAAGUCUGCCUUUGACAUAGCACUGGAGAAAAACAAUACUGAGAUUUUGGUCAUGCUUCAGGAAGCAAUGCAGAAUCAGGUGAACACUAACCCCGAGAGAGCCAACCCAGUGGCUAACCCUGUGACUGUGACUGCUCCGUUCAUCUUCACCUCUGGAGAGGUCGUUAACCUCGCUAGUUUUGUUUCUUCAGCCAACACCAAAGCAACCUCAGCUAAUUUAGAAGAAAUCGAAGAUGGAAAUUCUCUUGACUCCUCGAUCCAGCAAGUGGUGGGAAGUGGAGGCCAGAGGGUCAUCACCAUAGUGACUGAUGGAGUCCCUCUGGGUAACAUCCAAACUUCAAUCCCUACUGGAGGCAUUGGCCAGCCAUUUAUUGUAACUAUGCAAGACGGACAGCCCGUUCUAACUGUGCCUGCUGGUCAGGUUGCAGAGGAGACAAUAAUUGAAGAGGAAGAAGAGGAAGAAGAGACAUUGCCAUUGGUGAAGAGGCCGAGGAUGGCAGAGAUGGCAAACAGUGCUGAGGAAAUGAAGGAAGGCAGUGAAAGGGAGCUACUGCAGCAGCAGCUCCAGGAGGCCAACCGCAGGGCCCAGGAGUACAGGCACCAGCUCCUCAGGAAAGAGCAGGAGGCAGAGCAGUAUCGGCUCAGGCUGGAGGCCAUGGCGAGGCAGCAGCCCAACGGCGUUGAUUUCACCGUGGUUGAGGAGGUAGCUGAAGUGGAUGCUGUAGUGAUGACAGAAGGAGACGAGGUAGAAAGAACGGCACAAGUGAUGAAGUCAGGAAGGACCACGGAGCCUCACACCAGCAUUUCCAUGGAAACUGUUUCAUCCUAACUCUACGGCCACAGCGUGUGCUCGCUCAUCUUAUUCUUUGUAAGAAGAAAGUACAGACCGCAAGUACUGUGUACACAUGAGACUGUCCUUCAGGUAACAAGGGCAAGGCUCACAGCCUGGGCCUGGGGAGGCUGCGUGUGCAGCUGGAAAACUCAGAGCCACUUUAGGGGCAUCUGAGGGACCAAAGGACCAGGACCAAAUCUCUCGGCUCCUAUCAUUGCUUUAACAGGGCCCUGGGCAUUGUGGGUUGAUUUUUUUUUUAAAUAGUUCGCUUUAUAUCAAAAGAUUUUAAGAUAAUACUUGUAAUGCACAUACACCAAGAGCCUUUAAUAAUUAUCUCUGAAAAUUUUCAAGUGACUUAAAAAUUUGCCUUAGAUUUAUGAAACUGAUGAGGUUGUAGGAAGCACCUCCUGAGGAACAGUGAAGGAUGCCGUCCAUUUCCAGAGGAGCAGGCACCCAAGUUCUCCCCGAUUAACUUGCUGAGAGGAAGUCUCUGAGCCAGGCACACAGCACACACCUGCGGGGCCAGCACUCGGGAAGCCGCAGCAGAGCGCUUUCUGAGGUCAGCUUGAGCUAAGAGGCCUUCACAGACGGGGCCAGCUAUGGUGGAGCAUGCCUUCAGUCCCAGCACUCGGGAAGUAGACACAGGCAGGCCUCUGUUGAGUUUAAGACCGUGUGUCUACAUACCAAGUUCCAGGACAGCCAAGGCUCCACAGUGAGACCCUGUCUCCAAAAAAAGCAGAGCAAGCUGGAGUGGAGUGCUGGGUCCGGAGCACUGCUUCCUUUCCGGAGAGCCUGGGUUCCAUUCUAGCCCCGAAUCCAGCUGCUCACAGUUACAUGUGGCUCCAGCUCCCAGGAAUCCUGCCCUUCUCUGACAUGUGCAUAACCCACACAUAUACAUUUAUUAUAUAAAUAAAAUUUUUUAAAUUAAUAACAAAAAAAAAUAAGUUAGUUGAAUGCAGUGGUUCACACUUUGGGAACCUACAACAGGAAGAUUGCUGUGAGUUUAAAGCCAGUUUGAAUUCCACAGGUCAGCCUGGGCUACUGUGGGACCUUAAUGCAAGAAAAACAAUCAAGUGUCCUGGUGUGCACCUCUAAUUCUAGUACUCAGGAGGUAGAGGCAGAAGAGUCUCUGUAAGUUUGAGGGCAGCCUAGUCAUUAAAAUAGGCAUAGUGGUGCAUCCUGUAAUCCCAGCACUUGGGAGGUGAGGCAGAAGACCACUGUAAGUUAAAGGUCCACUUUGGCUUCAAUAAGAUCUUUCUCAAAAAAUAACAACAAAAACCCAGACAUGACCAGAUAGAGUGGUGAUAGCCUCCCAUACCUGCACUUGGAGAGCAAAGGCAGGCUGGUCCUUGGGAUUCUAACUAGCCUGGCCCACAUGGUCAGUCCCAGGCUAGCAGGAUUACUCUACCCUAACGAGGACUAGAAGGGAAACUAACCAACCCUGAGGAUGUAGCUGUGGUAGGAUGCAGUGCUCAGCUCAGUGUGCAGGGAAGCCCUGUGCGUAUACAGUGAGGGUAGGGCAGUACAGGAGGACAAAGAUGACGGCCAUUGACCCCAGACUUAGCCCUGGAGAGAGGCUGUGCUGCCAUGGGUAGUGCAUGCAGAGCCACGCUGCCAGGCCCUGCUUCCAGGACACUAUAUGUUGUCUGGACUUUAUAAAACUGCAGGCAGGAGGAUCAGGUUCAAAGUUUUUUAAAUUAAUUUUCAUUUGUUGCUAUAACAGCAUCUUGCUUCCAAACAUCUAUUUAUAUAAAAUCAAGCUUAAAACUCUUUAAAUUGCGGGGCGGUGGUGGCACACAUCUUUAAUCCCAGCACUCUGGGAGGCAGAGGCAGGCGAAUUUCUGAGUUUGAGGCCAGUCUGGUCUACAGAGUGAGUUCCCGGACAGCCAGGGCUACACAGAGAAACCCUGUCUCAAAACACCAAAAAAAAAAAAAAAAAAAAAAAAAAAACUCUUUAAAUUGUAUAAAAUUUGGCCAAAUUUUCUAUGUCACAUGGGACACUGGUGCUUUCUGUAGCACUUAACAUCCUGUCAAAAACAAAGGAGUGUGGCAGGGCAUUGCUGCUUCUAUUAGUGUGGCCAUCGAGUCUGUGCCUACAGUGCUCAAGUGACAAAGGGCGGGUGUCACUGCCACAGUACAGCGCCACACACGGAGGCCUUUGCUGACCUCCCCUCCCUUACUCCAUUCAUUCUGUCUGCUCAGACACUUUUGAAAUAUUUUCAGUGCUAAGUUUUUGAGAAAGGGUUGGGGCAGCUCUCUCUCUCUCAUCUGAAGUAUGUGUGUUUGUGUAGCUGGACACAGUACUCAUGCCUGCUAGCAGUCAGGAGCUACAGGGGGAGGUGGACAUGAAUUAAAGGCCAGCAUGAAUGACAGUGUGUGACCCUGUCUCAAAACUACAAAAGCAAGGCAGUUGAACAUUGUGUCUCCUGCCUGUAAUCCAUCUCCACUCAGAGGGUCACUGGAGUCUCAAGAUGAGACUUUUAGGCAACAGAGUGAGAUCUACUCUAGGGUAGCAUGGACCACAGAGACUAUAUAUAGUCCAGGAGGAGAACUCUUGGAUGUCGUUUUCUGGGGUCCUAGGUUCAAUCCCCAGGACUGCAAAAACCAGUAUUUAAACAUUUUUU